CCUGAAGGGACGGUUGUGGUCUCGUCGGCGGCCAUUUCCGGCAAGCCUCACCGCUGGUUGGUCUCUUGCAGGCUCGUGGACAUUGAUUGUAAAGAAUUAUCGAACAAUACUGGGAUUUUCUGCGUAUAGAUGAGUUAUUUAUUUUGGUGGGGGUGUUGUCGAGUUGAGAGCAGCCAGCCAGCCCCCAGCGAGCGUCACCGCCCUCUCCGUUCUGAUUGGCAUGUAUUAAUCAGCUGCUAUUGCAUUAAAAAACAACCGCUGUAGGGGGGCUUUACAUAUGUCAACACCACGGCACGGCCGGCUUCAGUGGAGCACGUUACUACCACUGAGCACGACACAACAGAACCCUGACUCGCCUCGCCAGUACCGACCCAGCCUGUUCCAGCGUGAACACCUCCCGUCUUGUGGGUUCCCACCGCCGCCUACACGCUGUUGCCAUUCUGGUCGCUCAGAGAGCAGAGGUUACGUCUUGUUGUGUGCCCUUGAGGCGUAGUACGAGUACGUGUUUCACAACCGCCCUGACAGCCUGCCAGAGCGUCUAGGUGGGUGGCGCGGCGCGUCUCCUCUCUGCAACUGAGUUCGUCGCUCGUUCUCCGUGCCCCUAGUCUGGAAGAUGCCGCGGCCGGGGAAGGACAGCUACGGGAACGAGAAGCCGCCGUACUCGUACAUCUCCCUGACGGCCAUGGCCAUCCAGAGUUCCGGGGAGAAGAUGUUACCGCUGUCGGAUAUCUACAAGUUCAUCAUGGACAGAUUCCCGUUCUACAGACAGAACACUCAGCGCUGGCAGAACUCUCUACGUCACAACCUCUCCUUCAACGACUGCUUCAUCAAGAUCCCUCGCAGGCCGGACCAGCCGGGCAAGGGCAGCUUCUGGGCGCUGCACCCGAUGUGCGGGGACAUGUUCGAGAACGGGAGCUUCCUGCGGCGGAGGAAGCGCUUCAAGUCAAUGCCGCGGCAGCAGAAGAGUCAUGUGGUGGCGGCGGACGGCAUCCAAGUCAAGCCCAUGUCACACAUGGACGCCGCGCCCCCCUCGGCACUGCUGCACGAACAGGCCAAGCUGCGCCUGUCCCAAAUGGCGGCCCCCGGCACGCACGCACAACUCCCGCCGCCGCACUGUGGACUUCUCGGCGUCCCAGCCCAGCCCGUCACGACCAAACACCCGUUCAACAUCGAGAACAUCAUCGCGCCCGAGUGUAAACCCGCGUCCAUUCUCCCGCACCCCGGCCUAGUAGCGCCGACCCUGCCCGGACACUGCGGCUACACGGUGUGCGUGACUUCCACAGGGGCAUGUACGUGGCCCGUGCACGGUCUCUGCUCUACGGACUCGCUCACCGGCCUACCGGGCAUGGUGCUGGGACCAGUAGCACAUGUCAACCGGGACUUUAUUUCACAGGGAGUCCAGCUCAAAACGUCAGGGAACGCUCCCGCCAUACCCGUGCCAAUCAAGCCGUCGCCUCUCGCCGCCCUUCCCCCGCCCGCCGUCAGCCAGGCUUCGGGACCAGUCGUGCCAGUCGCCGUCAGCCUUGCUCCGGGCAGCCUCACCCCGCCCUCCGGCUCGUCCUCGCCGGUGGUACCGACCACCGUACCCGCCACCCUCGCGAUCGCCACUCGGUGAGACCGGGACACAACACAAAGACUCUAUGUACAUUAUUUAUCCGUUCUCAGACAGUGAAAGUUAAAGUUUCUCUACAAGUGAUUUGUUCAAGGAAGGAGACAAGUUGUUGUGAGUCCAUCUACAUAGUUUCUUUGCUAUCGACUAAAAGUGGGAAUUCACCACAUCCCCACAAAUUGUGAACAAUGUACACUGUAAAAUGUAAUGAUAUUGUUGCAGAGUGUAAACUAUAAAUUGUCUGCCUGAAAGAGAGAGAACUCUACAGAUAUUUGUAAAUUAUGAUGAAGAUGCUGUACUUAUGUGUGUGAUAUGAUGAGUGAUAGUUGAGUGUCUUUAUCCUUUAUCGGAUCAGCGCUCAUGCAGAUUAAAAACCCAAACAUCGCAAUAAAGUAACACAGGAUCGUUUUCAACGGCAGAUGGAAGAUAUCAGCUUACCAAAAUAAGGACCUACGAGAUAAUUAGCGUCACAGAAAAACACUACUGUGGCUUUACGAUCUCCUUGUAAUUGGUGUCAUUCUUGCAGCUGUUUCCGCAAGAAGCCUUUCUUUUUUUUCUGUUCCUCCUUUUUUUUGUUUUUCUUGAUCAGAAGUACUACUAGUAGUUGUUCCCGUGGACAGUUGAAAGAUUGAUUACCCACAUAUCCUACUGGCUUCUUAUCUUGUUCUAAAAACUACAGUUUAAUUGAUUGGAUUAAUCUGGCAGAGAUAGAGCUGUAUUGUUUCCCGUAUCUUCACAUCAGUGGUUAUUGCCGGUUUAUACUACAGUACUAGUGUUGCGUUUGUUUGUGUUAUGUGAGGAGGAGGAAACGUGUUAUUUUUGAUCUCUCGUAUCGUUUUAUUUGUUUAUUAAAAUGUCAGGUGAAACCUA